AUGUGGCGGUGUACCCUCCUUUCUCUUCUGUUUGUCUGUGUCUCUGGGUCUGCCCUUCCUGGACCGAGAGCCUGGCUGUUGCCAAGGCAGAGCCCUCGCUUUGACCGUCCUGGAGAUGUCACGGUGGGGGGCAGUUUCUCCAUCUUUUCCUUCUCUAAUGGCACCAUGUGUGAUUUCAGUGCCCCACCGGCCAGGCUGCAGGCUUCAAGUGUCUCCAACUGGGGCUACAGGGUGGCCCAGAGUUUUGUUGCCAUUGAGGAGAUUAAUAGGAGUGCUCACUUGUUGCCCAAUGUGACCCUGGGCUUCUCCAUUCGAAACUGGGACUCAGUGCAUGGAGCCCUCCAUGAAACGAUGAGCUUUCUCACAGGGCAGGAGGAUCCCAUCCCCAACUACGUGUGUCAGCAUGGCUCUCCUCAGGCCGCCUUGGUUGGGGACACACGGUCAUCGCUGUCUGUGUCCAUGGCCAGACUUCUGGGACUGUACAAGUUUCCUCAGAUCAGUUACUCAUCUUCACUGCCCAGCCUGAGUGACAAGAUCCAGUUCCCAUCCUUCCUUAGGACGCUGACUAGUGACCUAAUAUCCUCCCGUGCAGUUACCCAGCUGAUAAUUCAUUUCCAGUGGUCUUGGGUGAUCGUUCUGGCCAAUGAUGAUGAGUUUGGGCAGCAGGCCAGCUCUCUGGCCACUGAGGUGCUGAGCCCAGCUGGUGUGUGCAUUGAGUUCCACCUCUAUGUCCCUUCUGACCAGUCCUUGGGGAAGAUUGAAGAGACUGUCCAGAAGAUGCAGAAAUGCACCGCCAAGGUUGUUCUGGUUUUCUUAAGCAACUCGAAUUUUGAGUCCAUCUUGUACGGUUUACUGGGUACAAAUGUCUCAGGCCAUGUGUGGGUCAGCACGGACACUCUGCACAUGGCUCUCGCUCUGACUGUUCCAGGCAUUUCCCAGGUCUUGCAAGGCACAUUUGGCCUUCUGUAUCACAGCAGCAGGGCAAUUGGCUUCCCUGAAUUCCUUGCUCAGCUGCGCCCUAGCCAGACCCCUGAAGACAUGUUUAUAAAGAAGUUCUGGGAGUUCACCUUUGAUUGUUCAUGGCCUCAGCAGAACAGCACAGUGACAGAGGGAGUUCAUUUCUGCUCCGGGAAUGAGAGUCUGAAACACAAGCGGCAUCCUUUCCAAGAACUGAGUAAAAUCGAUGCUGCCUACACAGCUGUCUACAGCAUUGCCCAUGUCCUGCAUGAUGUGUUAUCCUGUGGGCACCAGAAAAGGAAAUGUAUGGACUCCCAGGACUUCCAUCCCUGGCAGCUGCUUCAUGCCCUCAGAAAGGUGCACUUCAAGACUCCUGAUGGAAGUGAGAUUAUGUUUGAUGACAAUGGAGAUUUGGUGACAACGUUUGACAUUUUCCAUGGGCAGAAGACCCCUGAGGGUGUAUUCCAUUUGGUCAAUGUAGGCACGAUAGACCCUCAGGCUUCUUCUGAGAACAAAAUGAUGGUCCAUUUGAAGGAAGAUCUCCACGUGCCCACCUCAAACUGCAGUGAAAGCUGCCUUCCAGGGUUUAGCCAAGUUCGUCCGGGAGCCCCCCACUGCUGUUUUGAUUGCAGUCCCUGCCCCGAGGGACACUUUGCAGACCAAAGAGACAUGAAGAGAUGUCUUCAGUGCCCCAAGGAGCAGUACUCAAGCCACACCAGAGACCGUUGCCUGCCCAGGACAGAGAUCUUCCUGGCCUUUGAGGAACCUCUGGGAUUCAUACUGGCUCUGGUGUAUCUUCUGUGUGGUAUGGCUGUCCUGGUCCUUGGAGUGUUCCUGAAGCGGGACACACCUGUGGUGAGGGCCAACAACAGAGCUCUCAGCUACUUACUCUCUGAUCUCUCUUUCCCCUGUGCCCUGUGUGCCUUGCUGUUCCUAGGCCGACCCAGUGUCACCACAUGCCUCCUCCGUCAGACCACCUUUGCCGUGGUGUUCACGGUGGCUGUCUCCUCUGUUCUGGCCAAGACUGUCACAGUGGUCCUGGCCUUCAGGGUCACCAGGCCAGGGGGCAGGAUCCGGGUAUGCCUGAGCCCUGGUGCUUCCUCCUCAGUGGUCCUCAUUGCUUCCUUAAUUCAGGUUGUUCUUUGUGGGGUCUGGUUGGCCACCUCCCCACCAUUCCCACACAAGGAUAUGGUCUCGGAACCCCAACACAUUGUCAUCCAGUGCCAGGAGGGUUCUGGCACCAUCUUCUUCUGUGUGCUUGGCUACUUGGGUUUCCUGGCAGGGGGUACCUUCUCUGUGGCUUUUCUGGCCAGGGCCCUGCCAGAUGUCUUCAAUGAGACUAAGUAUCUCACCUUUAGCAUGCUGCUGUUCUGCAGUGUCUGGACAGCCUUCCUGCCCCUGUACCACAGUGCCCGGGGCAAGUCCACUGUGGCUGUAGAGAUCUUCUCCAUCCUGGCUUCCACUGCUGGGCUUCUGGGUGGCAUCUUUAUCCCCAAGUGCUACAUCAUUUUGCUGAAGCCUGAGAAGAACACCCCUGCCUGGCUAAAGCAAGGCCACCAGGCACAGCAGUCACUUGACAUGUUGUCCCUGUCCCACCUGGGCCACUCUACAGAUCAGUGCCUGAGCCACCUGGGCACAGCUGCUCCUUCCUUGCCGGCCCUUAGGAGACGCGUGCCCAUUGUCGCUCUUCUUAUAGUCGCAGGUGAUGAUGGCAAGAUCUGUUCCCUGGAUGCCAGAAGGCUAGCAACCUCAGGGAGACGGGAUAAAAAACAAGGCUCUGGGGUUUUUGUGGCCACCAAGUCCACCCCACUUCGCUACAAGCCUGUGGACCUAGAUUUCCCCGUGUGGCCUUAA